AUGCUCCGGCCAGGAGGCAGCGCCCCCUGCGGGCCGCAGCGCGCAGGCGCGGCGCGCCCGUCCCCGCCCCCGCCCCCCUCCACGUGCGGCGCACACCUCUCCUCAGGGCUCGCCUCGCACCUCCCUCCCUCCCUCCUCCCGCCCCUCCGGCCUGGACCUCCCAUUGGCUGCGGGCUUCGUCCCUCCGACCGCAGCUCGGCAGGCCCCCGUCAGGCCGGAAGUCCCGCCCCAAGCACGCCCGUCCGCGCCGCUGAAUCCUUUUCGGGGACCUCGGCCCUGCCCACGUCCCCUCAGAUCCUUCUUAGUGACCGCAGCCCGGCCCAGAUCCCCCGUCAGACCCAUCUCGGAGACUCGGGCCCGGCCCAUAUUCCUUCGGAUCCUUCUCUGUGCACCGUCCAGGUCAAGUUAGAGCUGGGACACCGUGCCCAACUGCGGAAGAAGCCCACCACGGAGGGCUUCACCCACGACUGGAUGGUGUUUGUCCGCGGCCCUGAGCAGUGUGAGAUCCAGCAUUUCGUGGAGAAGGUGGUCUUCCGGCUGCACGACAGCUUCCCCAAGCCCAAACGCGUGUGCAAGGAGCCCCCCUACAAAGUGGAGGAGUCGGGUUACGCUGGCUUCAUCAUGCCCAUCGAGGUGUACUUCAAAAACAAGGAGGAGCCGAGGAAGGUGUGCUUCACCUAUGACCUGUUCCUGAACCUGGAGGGCAACCCGCCGGUCAACCACCUCCGCUGCGAGAAACUGACCUUCAACAACCCCACCUUCGAGUUCCGGUGCAAGCUGCUGAGGGCAGGCGGGGUGAUGGUAAUGCCCGAAGGAGCAGAAACGGUGUCCAGGCCCAGCCCCGACUACCCCAUGUUACCCACAAUUCCACUCUCUGCCUUCUCUGACCCCAAGAAGACCAAACCGUCCCACGGCACCAAGGACGCCAACAAGGAGAGCAGCAAGACUUCCAAGCCACACAAGGUGACCAAGGAGCACCGUGAGCGGCCACGCAAGGACUCGGAGAGCAAGAGCACCUCCAAGGAGCCGGAGCGUGAGCCGUCCAAGGCCUCCAAGGACACCACCCGCAAGCUGGGCGAGGGCCGGCCACCCAAGGAGGAGAAGGCGCCACCGCCCAAGGCGGCCUUCAAGGAGCCCAAGAUGGCCCUGAAGGAGACCAAGCUGGAGAGCCUGUCCCCCAAGGGGGGCCCCCCAGCCCCGCCCCCGUCCAAGUCUUCCAGCAAGCGGCCGGCCGCCACGGACUCGCCCAAGCCCAGUGCCAAGAAGCAGAAGAAGAGCAGCUCCAAGGGGCCCCGCAGUGCCCCUGGCACCUCGCCCCGCACCUCGUCUUCCUCCCUGUCGGACAAAAAGCCAGCCAAGGACAAGAGCAGCACCAAAGGGGAGAAGCUCAAGGCAGAGAGCGAGCCCAAGGAGGCCAAGAAACCCGUGGAGGUGGAGGAGUCCAACUCGGAGGACGAGGCCUCCUUCAAGUCAGAGUCGGCCCAGUCAAGCCCCUCCAGCUCCAGCUCCAGCGCAGACUCCAGCUCCGACUCGGAUUUCGAGCCAUCCCAGAACCACAGUCAAGGCCCCCUGCGUUCCAUGGUGGAGGACCUGCAGUCCGAAGAGUCCGAGGAGGAUGACUCUUCGUCGGGCGAGGAGGCCACCGGCAAGACGAACCCGGGGCGGGACUCCAGGCUGAGCUUCAGCGACAGUGAGAGCGACAACAGUGCCGACUCCUGCCUGCCCAGCCGUGAGCCCCCACCCCCCCAGAAGCCACCCCCACCCAACAGCAAGGCGUCAGGUCGGAGGAGCCCCGAGUCCUGCGGCAAGUCUGAGAAGAUACUCAAGAAGGGGACCUACGACAAGGCCUACACAGACGAGCUGGUGGAGCUGCACCGGCGGCUGAUGGCCCUCCGGGAGCGCAACGUGCUGCAGCAAAUCGUGAACCUGAUCGAGGAGACUGGCCAUUUCAACGUCACUAACACCACUUUCGACUUCGACCUCUUCUCCCUGGACGAGACCACCGUGCGCAAGCUGCAGAGCUACCUGGAGGCUGUGGCCACAUGACCCCGGGCCGCCCGGGCCUGUGUCCCCGGGGCCCCGGGAGCCCUCGCCGGGGCCCCGCCUUCCUUCCUCUCUCUCCACUCGCCUGCCUGCA